UACCGUAGUGUAAACAAUUGAAUUCUAAUUGUUUAAAUAUAUAGAUAAUUGUGAAGUGUGAGCAUAGAAUCAAAUAUUAACCUUUUUCUAAACAAUAUUGGCAAUACGUUUUUAAAAAACGUUUGGUAGCACUGUUCUGAUUUUAUUUACAUUCAGCAGCUGAUUUUAUUUCUUGUCUGGCUAUUGAAGUGUUCAUUACUAUUUUGUAAAAUGGAAAGUGAUAUAUUAAAUAUAAUUAAUCAAAAUAUAUCACUUGGAAAUGAGUUAAAUAAAAUUUUAGAUAAUUAUAAAAAGAUACCAGGUGUUCAAAAAGUACAAAAAAGUAUAAAUCAGGAGAUAAAAUUUCUGGAAAAGGCUAUAAAAAAUAAAAAUUGCUUAACAAAUCAUGUGCAAAGCACUAAUAUGAAUCACUUCAGCUUCUUGGUAAAAAUUCUGCAGUUGCAACGUGAUAUUGUCCAUAUUGACUGCGGAUUUCAUCUAGAAGAACGAUGUACACCUUUAAGAGUUGAUAUAGUUUGUGAAAACGGUUUGAAAUGGAUUAAAGCUAUCGCACUUAACCCAAAGUCAUUAUUAAAUGCUGCGAACGGUGAAGCUAGCUAUGGUGCACGAAGUAUCCUAGACCAAGCAGAGGAAUUUGUAGCUGCAACGGAACAUCAUAUGUGUUUGUUUCAAAGACCAAAGGUUGUUUUUUAUUUUUGCCAUGAAAUUAACGCAGAACUCUUGGAAAAAUUACAAAAAAUUGGUGUAGAAACUGCUUCAUUGUCCGAUCAAUCAGAUGAAAACUUUAAUUGCAAUGAAGUAGUUAGUUUGACACCAAGCACUUUGAACUUAGAUAUUACCACUUUACUAGCGUAUAUUAGUUCUCUGUGCAAUGGUGGAAGUAAUUUUACAUAUACCGAUCAAUUUUUAAUCGAACAAGCUGAGAAAGAGCGGCAAACACCUUUGAAGCCUGUGCUCGAUGAACUAUUUGCAGGAAAACGUCUUAUUUGUUGUGAAAUUGCAUAUAAAUCUUUUCAAGAUAUCAUUAAUUUAAUUGCUGGUCCAGUAGAACUCCAACGUGCUACUGAAUUGAUGAAGCGCGUCGAAAUAUUACCUGAUAUUACCGAAAUACCUGAAGAACUCGCCACAUUAAAAUUAAGUGGACAAAUUAAUCAAAGAUCUCUUAAGAUAUUCGCUUUUGGAAUAAAUAUGAAAGCAUUAACCGUGACAUCGAAUAAAGCCUUUAUAAGAUCAGCUAAAAUGCAGGGCAUAAAUGUACCAGUCUUUACUCACCAAGCUCGUGCGUUGACGGAACUUAAAGAAGCAAGUGCAACUAAAACAGAUUGACAAUGUCAAAUAUUUGGGAAGAUUUUAAAGCUGAUUUAUAUAUUUUAUUUUAUAUGAAUUUACUAACAUAAGUAAAUAUAUACUGAAUUAUUAUUUGAA